CAAUGGAAAUACAGCUAUUAUGACCAUGUUUCUUUGACUAGUUGCCUUACUUUCAUCUUGAGUCCUGUAUUGUUUUAUCAACCUCAUUUUAUCAGAAGAUUUACAUCCUAAAAUGGAUCUCCACUGGAAGUGUUACCAGUGGUUAAUUUUCUGCAGGCUUAACCAUUUUUUGUAGAAAAGCUGUGAUGAAGUCAUUCUAUUAUUGAGGUUUUUUAAUAUGCUGAAAUAUCUGGUAGAAUAUCUUUCUUGCCAGAAGAUACAGCAGUUUAGUUGUUUAAAAAGUUCUCAAAAAUAAGGGUUUGCAGAAUGAGUGUUUUUCAAAAAAACCCAUGCACAGCACUUUUGUCUAUCUUUGACCUUUUACCUUAUUUUUCUUUCCUACUCAAAAGGUCGCUGCUCCUCAGAACUUUAAACUUAGUUUGUAGCAGCCAGUGUAUGUUCAGAUCUUUUUAAUUGUGGUUUUAUAUAUUGCAAAACAAAAAUCAAUAAAUAGAAUUUACUUAAAAGGAGAUGUCACAAGGCACAAAGGCAGUAAGAAAAGGAUUACGAAGUUAAUCACAAAAGCCUACUACCUUUGCUUCAAUUUUCAAACACAAUGAAGACUAUCUCAGUGGCUGAAUUGAAAAUGUAUCGUCUGUGUUCAUAUUUUUGCAUCAUUUGGUUCCAUAAAAUAAUCCUUUUGAAAUCAAGGAAAAAAACUUCCAGUUAGAGCACAACUUCAGAAACCACAGGCCUCGAUCCUGCAGGAAAGUUCAUUAGCCUAGUGUAAAGCAAUUCACAUAAAUCUCAUUGAGCUGCUGUUCACUUACAGUGUCUUGGUAGAUGUGCUACUCUACGAAUAUAUGUGAAGAACUGAAAACCUCAACCAAAGAGCCCUACAGCUUGGAUUGAACUGAAAGUAAAUACUCUGAACCUGGUUAUUAACUCAUUUUCUUCUGUUGUAAGCUUGGUGAGCUCCUGAAUUGAAUUUCUGGAGCUCUGUUUGCUACCCCUGUGGAACAGCCUAUUGUAGCAACUUCUAUUAACACCACUCCCAGAACAUGCAGCUAGGUGUCUGCAUUUUAAUGAACACUUGUAACUGUAGCUGAGUAUUUUAAAAUCAUGCUACAUAAAACACAAACAACCUUUUGUGCUGUGUAAGGUGGGCUUAUUUUUAAUUAGCUAGGAAAGCUAGUAGUUUCUUAGGUACUAUGAUACUACAUAAAUGAAUUAAAGCAAGUUCUAAAUCAUCCUCUCAGCUUUCACUGACCUCUUAGUGCUUAUGAAAUAAUUAUAAUUCAUCAGCAGUAUCCUGAAACCUUCCAUAUCAUGAAAUCAUCACUUAAUAGAGUAUUUGCAUGCUAAACCAGCAUGUAAAAUAUUUAAUUUCUAACAAAUUUUAAACUAAUUUUAAAUAACUCUAGUAUUUUUAAUAAUUUAGUUGAAAUUGUAAUUUUCUGAGAGAGAAAACUGGCUUUUAACUGUGCUGUGAAAUUUCCUAACAAGUAUUUAUUUCACAUGAAUUAAAAUUAAGUAUUGAAUAGUGAGUUCACAUUUGGCUGUUUAAUUAGCAAUAACAAGUGACGAUAAGUCUGCUCAAUAAUUAGACUGUAAUUGAACUUUACUAUAAUUCUGCAUCUGCUAUAUUUUCAAAUAUCAGAGUCAGAAAUUAAGCCCUACUGUAAAUGUAUAUUUUUAUGCAAGUUUGACUCAACAAAUAGCUUCCCUUUUUUUUUUUUCUUACAUUCAGUUUUAUAGGCUUUAAGUAUUAGUGUUCUUACCAGUUAAAUUUUGAAAUGAUCCCUUGAAUGUUGGGUAUUUUUAAAUUUUUAAGAAAAGCUAAAUCUAUUUUUUUACAUUUACUAAUGUUUAGUGUUGUGCCUAUUACAUUGUCCUGGGUACAGGACAUUGUUUAAAAUCAGAAUCACACUUGGAUUGAAAAUGUCAAAAAUACCUCAAAUUCAUAUUUUUGUGGGAGCACCCAGUAUUCCAAGCCCACCGGCAAUGUCAGAACAAAGCAGGUCAGCACCUGCUGCUGAAAAAUGGAGAGAACUCCAUUAUUUGUGUGAUACACAUGGUCUUUUUUCUGAAAAAGUCAAAGGUGCUGACUGCUUAGUGCUUCAGGCAGAAAAAGCAGUUCCUACAAACCAUGACAGCUCUCAGCAGUCUGAACAGGGGAGAUUAGUGGUAGCAAAAGAACUUGUAACUUGUACCAGCACACCUAAAAGGAUCGAAAGUUGCAUUGAUUCUGAUUGUCAGUUAUCUACACUUAGAAGCACAGAUGCAAAUGCAAAUCAGGCUGCAGAUCCACGCCUUCCACAAAAAUCUGCAGAAUCAGCUAGACAAGAUAAGAUAUCACAUGGCUAUUGUUCACACCUCACUGAAAGAAAAGGUGGUCAUUUAGAAGUUAACAGCUCUGACAUUUCUGAUUUGGUUGCCAGUACUAAGCAGAUCAGCAUACGUCUAAGGUCUGUGGGACAAGGUGUUCAGUCAGAUUGUAGGAAUGAUUACCAUGAACAUCUAAGUCAAUAUUUGGAUAUGUUCUUCCCUGAAAAUCAAGAGUCAAAACCAAAAGGAGAACCAAGUGAUUGUCCAGAAUUUGCAGUGUCGACAGAUACUGAAUUUCGUAGUAUAAUGACUUCAAGUCAGAUGGCUGUUUUUGCACAGGCUCGGAAUGAGAUGCAGAAGCGAGUCAUAAAACUACUGGAAAUGGAAGCAGGCAAAAAGCCUGACAAAAGGCAGUAUGAUCACUUCAAACUUGAUUCGGAUGUUAGAACAUGUCUCACUGUAGCUGAAAAUGAAUAUAAGGAGGUGUGUACAGGUUCCGCUGAACUUUUCAUUUCUGAGGGUGAUGGAAAAAAUACCUGCUUGGAAGCUGCAAAACAAGAAGGAAAUGCUGAGGAAAACAUAGAGGAGCUUCACAAACUUAAUGUUCCUGUUGAACAACUUGUAAAUGAAAUCCAUAUUGAACCAUUCAGCUCAGGGAUAUUGUGCUCUCAAGUAGACACUUCUCAUGAGAGCGCUUCUAAAAGAGCCCACAAGUGUGAAGAUUCCUGUCAUAAUUUUCACUCAGCGUUCAAAAGACACCUGAAAUCUAAGAGAGCAAAACUUAAUUCUUGUCCUGCUGGUCCUGGGAUGAGAGUGGAUCAAGAGAGGAUGACAGAGUUCAAGAAACUUCAAAAGAAAUUAACAGCACUUAAAAAUUGCUGCAGCAAAAAUCAGAAGUACAAUGUUUUGGUCACAAUUGUACAUCCUUGUCAUAUCAAAGAAAUACAGAUGAAGACUAGACCAAAAUCUUCAUGUAAAGUUCCUGUAGCAACAGUUGUAGUUAUUGAUCAAUCAGAAACUGAGAGAAAAGUGGUGCUCUGGCGUGGUGCUGCAUUUUGGUCACUCACUGUGUUUCCUGGGGAUAUUGUAUUGCUUACAGAUAUAGUAAUGUAUGAGAAUCUUUGGUGUGGAGAAAUCAUGCUGCAAUCUACAUUUACCAGUCAGUUGCUGAAUCUGGGGAAGUGCUCAGCCCUCAAUCCAGAAGAAUUUUAUCCCAUAGUCGAUUGUGAUGUUCUCCUUGGCUUACUGGCAUACAUAGCAUCAGAAUUUCCACACUUCAAAGACAUUCCACGAAGACCAGUUCAGAGGCUGGAUAGUAUUCAGUAUAUGCAGCUGGACCAGCUCCAGCCAAAUACAGUAGUUCACUCGAUCUUGAGAAUUAUCAACAUUGCCAUAUUAACAGAAUCGGUGUAUAGCUACAGAGGUGGCAACCAAAGAAAAAUUAUUCUAACAGUAGAACAGAACAGAGAUCGACACUAUAGGAUGGUGCUGUGGGGAGCAGGGGCUGCAUGGUGCCCUCAACUUCAAAGGAAAAAAGAUCACAUAUGGGACUUCAGAUACCUUCUGGUGCAACAUAGUUCUGUCUCAGGUGAUUUUGAACUGCACACAACUCCGUGGUCAUCGUGUGAGUGCUUGUUUGAUGAUGACAAAAGGGCAAUUGAAUUUAAAGAAAAGUUUCAGAAAAGCAAAACGUCCCUCAUGCAGGUGACAAAGCUCUCAGCGCAUUUGGAGGAGAAGUGCUCAGGAGUGAUUCAAGUGAAAGCCCGUAUCUUAGAACUGAAGUUUACUGUUUCAACUGGUCAGUACAAGCAGCUCAUCUUUCGUGCUGACACGUCGCUGGAGUGUGUUUUGGCUUCUCUGCCUAUGAUUACGUAUUCAGGUUGUGCUAAAUGUGGUUUGGAACUACAGGCAGAUGAGAACAUGAUCUACAAGCAGUGUGUUAGAUGUUUGCCAUACAACAAAGUAAAAAUAUUCUACAGACCUGCUUUGAUGACAGUAGAAGAUGGAGGAUAUGAAAUUUAUGUUCAUGUGGUAUCUGAGUUGAUGGAAAAAAUCUUCCUGAAUAUUCCUGCAGACUGGUUGAAGAGAUUAGUAGUGCCUUCUUCAGAUAUAACCUAUGGCACAGUAAUAGCAGAUCUGUGCCAUUUGCUGCUAGCAGAUACGGAAGCAUCCUAUUUGUUGGAAAUUAGGAGCCAUUUUGUACUAGAUGAAAAUAGCUAUCCUUUGCAAAAGGAUUUUCAUCUGCUAAAUUUUCAUCCUGAUCUUUGAAGCAUUGACCUCUGCAGUAACAGAGACCAUGGGAAUACACAGAAGGCAAACAGAAGAAAACUGAAUUAACUGAAGGAAGCAAAUAUCUUUAAAAGUACAAGGGUUUAACGUAUAAAAAGAAAAAAGGACUGGUAUGGAAUAUUUGCUAAAUGUAUAUACUGAUGCUGUAAUACUUAAAAAAUUGUCAUAAAGUAUAUUUUUAUAAAUAUAUUUUUAUCUUAAUAAAUUCUUACUUAGUA